AUGAAGAGAGCUUGCUCGCAGUUAGAAGGAACAUCUGGCGUAUCAGGGUCGAUACAGACUCAGAGCCACCAGCAAACUCACUCAGUUCAGAUUUCCCAAGCUAAUCAAGGAGCCACUUUGGCUCAGUUAGUGCAACAGGCCUAUGCUCUAAGAGAUGAGAGCAAGCUUAGAGGCCUUCUCGCAACUCUCUUGGAUAAUGAGAGUGACGGGACCUGUGUUGAAUUGCCAAGGGUAGUUUGCAAGUACCUGGAUGUUUUUCCCGAGGAUCUCACUAGUUUGCCACCCCACCGGGAGAUCAAGUACUCCAUUGACUUAGUGCCUGGCACGACACCGAUUUCCAUGGCGCCGUAUAGAUUUACACCCACUGAACUGCAUGAGUUGAAGAUUCAACUCCAAAAGCUUUUAGACAAGGACUUCAUUCGGCAUAGUACAUCGCCUUAG